CGGACAAACACCUCAGCGAGCCGUUAGCGUAGGGAAGUUAUAAUCCUCUGACUAGAAGCUUCUCCGGCCGGCACAGAGUAAUGAGGUAGAUAGCCGGACAGCUAACUACACGUACCUUGAUCAAAAUAGACGGCCGCUGCCCCGGUGAACAUGGACCAGGAGUUUGAAGACAUAGACUCAGAGGGCCGGUGGCAAAAACUGUACCUAGAAAUAAGGAAUCAGUCCCACGAGUGCUCCUACAAAGUGGCAAAGUAUCCAGAGAACCGCAAUCGAAACCGAUACAGAGAUGUCAGUCCAUUCGAUCACAGUCGGGUGAAGCUGGAGAGCACCGACAAUGACUACAUCAACGCCAGUCUGGUCGUCAUGGAGGAAGCUCAGAGAAGCUACAUAUUGACUCAGGGACCACUCAGGAACACCUGCAGCCAUUUUUGGCUCAUGAUCUGGGAGCAGAAGACCAAAGCGAUCGUCAUGCUCAACAGGGUCAUAGAGAAAGGCUCGGAGAAGUGUGCUCAGUACUGGCCCACAGCCGAGGAGAGCGAGAUGGCCUUCAGAGACACCCGAUUGCUGGUCAGGCUGCUGUCAGAAGACGCCAAGUCCUACUACACCACCAGAGUGUUGGAGCUGCAGAACAUUAGUACCGGGGAGAAGAGAGAAAUCUACCACUUUCAUUACACCACGUGGCCAGAUUUCGGUGUCCCGGAGUCCCCGGCAUCUUUCCUUAACUUCCUCUUUAAAGUGCGGGAGUCGGGGGCCUUGGGGGAGGACCACGGGCCCGCUGUGGUGCACUGCAGCGCCGGAAUCGGACGCUCAGGGACGUUUUCGUUGGUGGACACGUGUGUGGUACUGAUGGAGAAAAGGAAAGACCCUUCGUCGGUGGACAUCAAAAACAUCCUGUUGGACAUGAGAAAGUACCGCAUGGGCCUGAUCCAGACCCCCGACCAGCUGCGCUUCUCCUUCAUGGCGGUCCUCGAAGGGUCCAAGCACAUCACGGGAGACUCCUCCGUACAGAACCGGUGGCGGGAGUUGUCCAGGGAAGAUCAGGAGCCAACAUCAGAUUCUCCGCCCUCAACUCAGCCGCCGGCCAGGUGUCCGGAGCGGCACAACGGCAUUCAACGGGGAGGUCAGCUGGAGGAGGGAGAGGACUACAGGCAGGAUAGCAAAGUACCAGCACCGGCUCCUUGCAAGGAACAGGAGCAGGACGGCGUCACAACACACAAAAGACGCAGAGAAGACAGCAUCUCCAAAUCAGGCACAGCAAAGACGCCCCAAAGCAAGCCCAGGACGAAUGACUCUGAGAAGAAGAGGAAAAGUUUGGGCUGCAUUUGCUGCACAUGACAAGAGCUGGCCUGUCCAGUGGGGGGGGGGGCGGCGGCGUAUCUUUACCUCCCCUCUGUGACAGCGACAACACCGAAGAGCACAUUUACAAGACAAGGUUUCCCCACAGCUUAUAAACAGAGUGGCCAGUCUUGUGCAUGGAGGUGUGAGUGAACCUGUGUCUGCUGUGGUUUGGUGUCUGUUGAGGUUUUGCUCUUCUUUUCAUGAUUUACCUUCAUUUCUUUUCAGUUUGGAGCUUGUUUUGGCUGCAUUCCAGCAUUGUGUGUGUGUGUGUGUGUGUGUGUGUGUGUGUGUGUGUGUGUGUGUGUGUGUGUGUGUGGUUAAAGUAUGUUAGUGAAGCUGGGAAAUGUCACGUUGAGUUGGAAUAACACUAGCUGCUAACUGUGCUCUGCACCAAAUUCUGUGGCAUUGUUUUACCGGUAGAACGCCUCGUCAAUCUGUUGCUCUGCACUUAAAAGUGCUGCUAUUUUGACAGAGAACGUAGAGUCUUUUCAAUUUAAGGUCUCUUGAUGAUUUCCACACGAUGGAAUAAAUUAAGUAAUACAUUGGAGGGGGUUCGAGGCCGUCAGUCCGUCACAUCCAAUGCGUCCAGUGAGUUUGUUGCAUGUUGCCGUGGUUUCCCGGCUGCUUCUGUGACGUUGUUACGGUUCUUCUUUGUUGGUUUUUAACUGCAUCGGUUAAGUUUCGAAUUGAAAUUUGGAGAUUUAUGGUGAAAUCUAGGAGGGCUUUUGUUGAGGACCCGUCAACAAUUUUAAUUUGCUGUAGUUUGUAAACUAGAUAUUAAAGGCUGAAAUUGAUUAUUGUUUUCAGUAUUUAUUUAUCAUUAGAGUUAAUCAAUUUGUUGUAAAGAAUUUCACGGAAAGUAAAAUUGAAUGUUGCAUGUUUUGUAUUGUCGAAAACUCUCCAAAUUAUUAUUUAAACCAAAGUGGAAUCUUGUGAAUAUUUUGUUGUGGAAAUGACUGAAUGACUGGAACUAAAACUUUGAUGAUGGUUCAUCUGAUCACCUGCCAAAUAAUUUUUCCAAAAAUCAAUCUGUUUGUAGACCAGGUAACAGAGAACCAACAGACACAAACAAGAAAACAAAGUUCUGGCACUGUUACUUGACAAUCAACCUGUUCAUUAACUAAUCAACUUCAGCUCCACUGUUCUCCUCAAAAGCCUCCUACAUCUUUGUAGAGUCUCCGUUUCUCCCACACAAUGAAAUCUAACCACGUGUUCUGACACUAUUAACUAAACGGACACUUUCUGGGAAAAUGUUCUUGUGACGUGCUGCUCAUUAAACAUUGCUGCAUUUAGACUCAACCUGAUGUCGCUGUGAUCAAAGGGAUCCGAGGCAGCCGAGCAAAAACCACCUUCUCAGAAGUUUCGGCGGCUCGACCGAGCUGAAAAAGAAAAAAAACGCAAGCUCGCGAGUUCCUUUCGAUCGCUUUUGAGCCUCGUUGACUGACUCUGCUAGAAGGUUG